AUGGAGGCCCUGGACAUUGAGAUCGCGGCUGCCCAACUGUUUAGCUCGCAGGCCUCCGCCAGGGACUGCACCCCGGCCGAGGACCUCCCGGUCGCCGGCCUGGACCUGAGCGCGGAGGAGAGGGUGCUCCUCAAAUACCUGUGCAUACCCCAGAGGGACCUGUUACUCGAGGAUGAGGACAUUGCCGUGGUCCGGCGGGGCAUUCCCCCCGGCGUGAACUGCACGGAGGUCCAGUGGUGCGACGGGGAGAGCCAGUGCUCUCUGGUGUGCGAACGUGGCAGCGUGGUCAUCCCCGACUGGCAGGUGCACGCCAUCCGCACUCAGCUGGACGCGCAGGCCGACGUGCCGCUCUGCCGGGCCUCGCUGCUGGGCUCCCACAACUCGGCCAUCACUCUGGCGGACGGCUACGGCAACCUGGACGAGUACUGGCAGGGCUAUUUCCGCUACAUCAAGUGGGCCAUCCCCGCCGGCGCCAGCCCCCGCCUGCGCACCAACAACCAUUGGCUGUCGCUGACGGACCAGCUGCGCAUGGGCGUGCGCGUGCUGGAGCUUGAUGCGCACUGGGUGGGCGGCGCGCUGCGCAUCGCGCACUGCGGCGGACUGCACGUGCCCCAGCUCAACGCGCUGGUCAAGGCCCUGAACCUGGUGGCCAAGCUGCUGGGCCGCCGCAUCCGCUGGGACACGGAGACGCUGGGGUGCAGCCCGUCGCUGUCCUCCAUUCCCGCGCUCGACCAGCGCACGCUGCUGGACGCGCUGGGCGAGGUCGCGGCCUGGAUGGGCGGCGAGGGAGCCGCGGGCGACGCGCUGGUCCUCUUCUUCGACGACCAGGCCGACCUGGCGCACUGGGGCGUGGUGGGCGAGCUGCUGGGCGACGUCCUGCGCGCCUUCCCCCGCGCCUGGGUCUACGACCGCGACGACCACGCGCGCUUCGUGGCCGGGGUCGCGCGGGAGAGCGAGGCGGCGGGCCUGCCGCCGCCCUCCCCCGCCACCACCUGGCCGACGCCGCGGCAGCUGCGCGCCGCAGGCAAGCGGCUGGUGCUGGUGUCGGGGGCGGACUACGGCGAGGCCAUGGCCCCGCUGGUCUUCCCCAAGGACGACGGCAGCGUGUGCGGGUGGCACGAGCCGGCGCUGCGCGCUGCGCGCGGCGCGCCGGCCUGCGACGUGCAGGGCGGCGACGCCGCGCGCCCGCUGUGGGACGGCGCCUGGGCGCGCGUCAUCGCCUGCCAGCUGGAGUACGGCCCGCUGAACUGCGAGUUCCAGUGGAACCGGGGCAACGCGCCCUGGCUGGACGCCGCGGGGCUGGCCGGGUUCGCCGGCUGCGGGCUUGCCGUGCCGUCCCCGGACCUGCUCACCCCCGCGCGCGCGGCGGGGGCGCUGUGGGGCUGGGCGCCCGCACAGCCGCGCCCGCAGCCGCCGCUGGCGCGCGGGCCGAGCCUGCAUGGCUGGUUUGGCGCGCUGGCGCGCGCCGUCUGGGACCUGCUGGGCUUCGCCCGGGUGCAGCUGCAGUACCGGCCGGCCGGCUGCGCGGUGAUCGACGCGGCGAGCGGCAGGUGGGAGUCGGUCAGCUGCGCACAGGACCUGCACAACGCGUGCCGGGCGGAGGCACGGUUAGCGACAAACGGCACGGCCCCCGCCUGGUGGCUGGCGGCCGACUGGGUGGUCGCGCCGGGCGCGCGUGGCGAGUGCCCGCCGGGGACGAGGGCGGAUGCGCCCCGGCACGGCGUGGAGAACGCGGCGCUGUCGCGGGCGGUGCGCGCCGCCAACCGGACCGCGGCCUGGCUGCCGCUGGCGGGGGGGCCAAGCAGCUGGACCCUGGACGCCCUACCGGCGUGGUCGUGA